AUGGGUGGUGAAGGGUAUGACUCGAUGGUCAGGCAGACAUUUAAAAGCGAGAACGAAGCGUACAAGUUCUACUUAGGGAAAACACCUGGAAAGUCAAGUAGACAGACUAAGAUGACAAGGGGAACACAAACGCUUUCUCUUGGACCAUCAGUGCAUUAUGAAUCAGUAAGAGCAAGAAAACCACCAAGAUCCAAUACGUUCAUUCAGUUCAACAAUGAAUGA